GCCGGGGUAAUCGGCACCACAUCUGCCAGCCCCUGGGGAGCCUGGGUGAAGCCUGCACCUCAGAGCCCAGCCAGCCAUCCCCGUCCCCUGGAACACGGGGACUCCUGGAGGGCACUGGCCAGCCGUGGCUGGGCCUGAAUUGCCCUGUCCUACCUGAGCCUUCCAGAAGAGGGGUCUCCCGGACUGUAGGGCUGAAUCCUCAAGGAGCUGGAACCUUCCACACCUUGGAGAGAAUGAUGACCCAGGUGGGCUGGCAGCCCAGCGUGCCGAAACUGAAAAAGAAGUGGCUCUUCCCAGCUUCCUGCAGCUUCUUCUUCCUGCUCUCUGUGGUUAUGACUGGCUGCUUCCUGUGGCAAUAUCACCUCCCCAAGCUGGACACCAGUUUCUUGGGACCAGAGGUGGCCUCUGCCCCUGUGAGGAUGUGUCCUCGACACCCUGAGCCUGUGCCGCUGGCCCACCCCCUCCCUGUGUUGAAGGAGGCCCUGGAAAAGGUGGACAGGAUCCUGCGUCAGGCACUGUCUGCCCCGGGCCUGGCUGCCAUGUCUGCAGUCGUCAUCCACAAUGACACCGUGCUCUGGACCGGGAACUUUGGGAGGAAGAAUGGAUCAGACCCGGCCUCUGGGCCCCCCAAUGAAUACACUAUGUACCGAAUCUCCAGCAUCUCUAAGAUCUUUCCAGUCCUCAUGCUGUAUCGGCUGUGGGAGGAGGGCACUGUAGCCUCUCUAGAUGACCCUCUGGAGCGGUAUGCCAGCACCUUCACCAUUAACAACCCGUUGGGCAUGGCAUCAGCCCCUGAACAACAGAGCUUGAUGGAUGAGUUGGAGAAGGUGGGCCCAGCCCCAAGGCCUUCGUCCGUCACCCUCCGAAGGAUGGCCAGCCAGCUCUCAGGGCUGCCCAGAAGGCUCCGCUCUACUUCCCUGCUGUGGAGGGGCAGCACCCAGGAGGCCCUGAGCCUGCUCAAGGAUGAUGUGCUGGUGGCAGACCCGGGAACCAGGUGCCAUUACAGCACUCUGGCCUUCUCGCUUCUGGCCCAUGUCCUCGCAGCGCACACUGCUCAGGGCGACUACCAGCGCUGGAUCCUGGAGAACGUGCUGGAACCGCUGGGCAUGGAGGACACGGGCUUCGACCUCACGCCCCUAGUGCGCGCCCGCCUGGCGGCUGGCUUCUACGGCAGCGGCCGGCCGGCGCCGCUCUACGACCUGGGCUGGUACCGGCCGUCCGGCCAGAUGUACUCCACCCCGGCGGACCUGGCCAAGCUGGCCAUGGUGCUCCUGGGCGGCGGGCCCCCGCUCCUGCGGCCCGACGCGGCCAAGGCCCUGCUGGCGCCGCUGCUGGCCUGCUCGGGCGCCUACUUCGCCAACGAGACGGGCACCCCGUGGGAGUUCCACGCGCAGGGGGGCUACCGCGUGGUGCGCAAGGACGGCGACCUGGACGGCUACGCCGCCACCUUCUCCCUGGUGCCGCCGCUGCGCCUGAGCCUCGUGCUGCUGCUGGCGGGGCCGCGGCCACCCGGGCGCGACCUGGUGGCGCAGGCCUACGACGUGCUCCUGCCCGCCAUGGAGAGGGCCCUACGCGAGGCCGAGCCCAGCCCCGCCCCGCCGCCCAGCGCGCGCCCCUUCGCCGGCUACUUCACCUUCGCCAACCAGACUUUCUACGAGGUGCGCCCCGGGCCGGAGGGCGAGCUGCGCCUGCGCCAGUUCGGGCCCCGCGUCGAGGCGCUGGUGCCCCCUGCGUUCCGCACGCUGGCGCUGCGUCACCUGCGCGGCCGCGUCUUCCAGCUGCACGUGGCCCGCGAGUUCCCCUGCGAGCUGCCGCUUGGCGACGCCUGGCUCUCCCUUGAGGCGCAGCACGGGCAGCUAGUCAACUUCUACCCCUUGGACCGCCACGGACUGUCCCCUGGCUUCGACGUGCCGGGCCUGAACACCUACAGGGUGCUGCGGCUGCAGCGCAAGCCCGUAUUCAAGACCCAGUGACCGCGGGCUCUGUCGGGAGCCUCCCCCUUGCUGGCCUCCGGGCUUUCCGAUCUAGAGUUGGAAAGGCGGAGCUGGGGAGAUGUGUUAGAGGAGCGAGUAGUUGGCAAAGUGGGGUAGGGUGUUUGCUGCUCAGAGUGUGGACCGCGGACCACAGCUGUUUUUUGUCCACGGGGUGGAAGAGUUCAGUACGGAAAUUUAGAGUAAACAUUUAGAAACUUUCAUAGCAAGUUGAUAGAGCCCCUUUGGGCUUGUAUUUUGUCUUCGUACUAAAAAUCAACUGAGUUUUAAUUUAUAUAAAAUGAAAUGCACACGUUAUCAGGGUACCGUUCCAUGAUUUUGACAUUUAUGCCCACUAUAAUCAAGAUAUGGAAAAUUUCCAUUAUCCCUCAAACGUCUUUGCUAUUCUUUUGCGGUCAGUCCCCUUCCCUGCACCCAGCCACCGAUCUACUUUUAUCAUCGUGGAUGAUUUUGCCUGUUCUGGAGUUUCAUAUAAAUAGAAUCAUACAGUGUAGCCUUUUGGGUCGUCCCCCCGCCCCCAGCAUGACGUUUUUGAGGUUCACCCAUGUCUGUGUGUGUAUCAAAAGUUUGUUCCUUUCUAUUGCGAAGUAGCAUUCCACUGUAUGAGUACACCACAUUUGCUCAUCCCUUCACCUGUUGAUGGACGUUUGGGUUGUUUCCAGAUUGGGGCUGCUAUGAAAAAGCAUUCCUGUAUAAGUCUUUUUGUGAAUACAUGUUUUCAUUUCUUUUGGUAAAUAUCUAGGCAAGCCGUGAAGUUUUCCAAAGCACUUGUACCAUUUUACAUUUCCACCGGCAAUAUGUGACCCUUCUGUUACUCCACGUCUUUGUGAAAACUUAGCAUUGUCAGUCUUUCCAACUUUAGGCAUGCUAGCGGUUGUGAAGUCCUGUCCCACUGUGGUUUUAAUUGCAUUGUAUUGCUCAUAUUGUAGAAAUUCUUUCUAUGCUCUGGAUACAAGUGCUUUGUCAGAGCUGGUAUUGCAAAUCUUUGCAAGUCUUUGGUUUGCCUUUCCAGUUUCUUAAUGAUGUCUUUUGGUGAAGAGCAGAAGUUUUAAAAUGUUGAUGGCUUUUAUGCCUGUUGGAUCUAAUACAAAAUUUAAGCUAGCGUUUUGCAUGUCCGUUUAAAAAUUAAACUUUAUAUUUUGAGGUAAUUGUAGAUUCACAUACAGUCAAAAGAAAUAACCAGUGUACCAUUAAUCCACUUUCCUCCGAUGGAAACAUCUUGCAAAACUGUAGUACGAUAUCAUAAGCAAGUUGAUAGAGUCAUUGACAUUGAUGGAGUCAAGACAGAGAACAUUUUCGUCAUCACAAGAAUCCCUCUUGCCCUUUUCUAGCCAUGCCCAGUUGCUUACCAACACAACCCCCUCCUGAACUCCUAGCAACCACCAAUCUGGUUUCCAUUUCUGUAAUUUUGUCAUUUCAAGAAUAUUAUAUGUAUGGAGUCAUACAAUAUGUAAUUUGGGGGGACUUUUUUUUUCACUCAGCAUAAUUCUCUGGAGAUUUUCAAGUGGUCGCAAGUAUCAACAGCUUUUUUCUUUUUGUUGUAGAGUAAUAGUUGCAUGGUGUGGAUGCCCCACAGUUUAUUUAACCAUUCAUUUGAUGAAGGAUGUCUGGCUUGUUUCCAAUGUUAGGCUAUUACGAAUAAAGCUGCUAGGAACGUUUGUUUACAGGUA